ACCAAGUGUAACACAUUCCCAUGCUCACAACCAGCUCAAGAACAUGAUGAAGUUCCCUCAGUUUUCUAUGCUUCCAUUUCUUAUGGUGGUUGUGAUGUUGUCCCUGAGUGGGACAACUUUAUCUCAUCCUCACUGGGAUUUCCUUCAUUGCCUUUCUCUUCGUUUAGCAAACUAUUCUACCAUUUCCAAGGUUAUUUAUGUGCAAAAUAAUCCCUCCUAUUCAUCUGUUUUGAAUGCUUCUAUUCACAAUACUAGGUUCUCUACACCAGCUACUCCUAAACCCUUUGCCAUUAUUACACCACUUAAAACAUCCCAUGUCCGAUCAACACUUUACUGCUCCAAGAAACAUGGGUUCCAGCUUAGGAUUCGAAGUGGUGGUCAUGAUGUUGAGGGUCUUUCUUAUGUUUCUGAAGUUCCAUUUGUCAUCCUUGAUCUGCUCAACUUUCGAGCAAUUAAAGUUGACACAAAGAAUGAAGUUGCCUGGGUUCAAUCUGGUGCAACUCUAGGUGAAUUGUAUUACGCAAUUGCUGCAAAGACUAAUACUCUCGCCUUCCCUGCUGGUAUGUGCCACACUGUGGGCGCUGGUGGGCAUUUUAGUGGGGGAGGAUAUGGCACAUUGUUCCGCAAAUACGGUCUUGCGGCUGAUAAUAUAAUUGACGCUCGAAUGAUUGAUGUUAAUGGAAGGAUUCUUGAUCGAAAAUCCAUGGGAGAAGAUGUCUUUUGGGCCAUCCGAGGAGGCGGAGGAAAUACCUUCGGGAUUGUUCUUGCUUGGAAAAUAAAGUUAGUCCCCGUUCCAGCUGUUGUAACUGUGUUUACUGUCAACAAGAACUUGGAACAAAAUGCAACCAAAAUCUUUCAUCGAUGGCAGUACAUUGCUCACAAGCUUCCUGAUGAUUUAUUUAUGAAUGUUUGGAUAACGAAGGUGAAUUCCAGUCAAGUAGGGACGAAAACAGUUCAAGCUACUUUCAGAGGGAUGUUGCUUGGUGGGGUUGAUGAGCUGAUUACAUUGAUCCAAGACAAGUUUCCAGAGCUGGGACUUGCCGAAGAGAAUUGCAACGAAAUGAGUUGGAUUGAAUCCGUUCUCUACUUCGGCGGACUUCCAUUACAAUCUGUGGAUAUUUUGCUUGAUAAAAAUGCUCUUCCAACAUUAAGUUUGAAAGCCAAAUCAGACUACGUCAAGGAACCGAUCCCCGAAAGUGGAAUCGAGGGGCUCAUGUCCAUGUUUCUUGAGGAAGAAGCUGACAAUGCUGUAGCGAUGAUACCGGCUUUCGGAGGGAAAAUGGAUGAAAUCCCAGAAAAUGAACUACCUUACCCACAUAGAGCAGGCAACUUGUUCGAAGCCACGUACAUCGUGCAAUGGACAAAAGAACAAAAUGCAGAAUCUGGAAAAUACAUAAGCUGGAGUCGAAGACUUUACAGUUUUAUGACCCCAUAUGUUUCAAAAUCUCCAAGAGAAGCAUAUGUUAAUUACAGGGAUUUGGAUCUUGGAAUUAACAACAUUAAUGACUACACAAGUUACGAACAAGCCAGCAUUUGGGGUUUUAAAUAUUUCAAGAAUAACUUCAAAAGAUUGGUGCAAGUAAAGACCAAAGUUGAUCCAAUGAAUUUCUUCAGACAUGAGCAAAGCAUUCCUCCUCUUUUGUCUCCAUGGAAAAAGAAAGGUAAUUAGGAUUGACGAGUUUAGAGUCUUUUGUUAAUCAUGAAUAAAGAUUGCGAUAGAAAGUAGUAUUAUAUUGAAAAUAAAAUAUCUUUUUUAUCACUGUAUCUGUAAUUUAAUGCAAAAUCCACUAAUUAAAUCAUAAUUUUGUUUUACAA